CCAGCUCACUUUGGCUGUCCGGGCAUGCUGGGAGUUGUAGUCUUGCAACAGCUUUAUAAACCCUGACAUCUAUAGACAGAACAAACUCAGUUCUGCUGCAACAAUUCUGAACCACAAGCCCCAGCAGUCGGCCCGAGCACACCAGACCAUACACUGUCCGCCGUAAAGCAGCUCUAUCCCGCACACAGCGCCCCCCUCUGUCCGCACCGACGGUACCCCGUGCCCCAGCCAUCACACAGCGGCCGCUAUCGUCACGAGAAUACCGCGGAUUACCGAGAAUUUCUCCCUGACCCCGGGAGCCCGAUCUCUCAUGCGGCUACUUACAAGAUGGCGGGUCCAGCGGAAAGAGAGAACACAGGCCCCGCCUCCCCCGUACAUCAACCCUGCAGGGCUGUCCACAUCACUGCCUGUUCGGAUAUCAGUGACCCGGGGCAGGGACAGACGACGCGAAACAAUGUCCGGAUUUCACUUAAAGAAGAUGUUUUGCCAAGCAGCAAGUAAUAGCAGAUGUUAUUUCGGGAGACACUUUGGCCUCUGUCACAAAUCAUUUAAGACAACCAGUUAUCUGCCAUGGAAUUCCAUUGGCUGGAUGAGAAAAGGACUUCUGGCCGCAGACCUGAGAUCGUACAGCACAACGGAAGAAGACGCCGCGAAAAAGCCAAAUGUAACAAAAAAAGUCAACGCCAAUGCCAGGAAGGUGAUCGGGAACGUUGGCCGGAUAAUCCCAUAUAAAAUCAUCCAGGUGUUAAAUAAGGAUGGGGAGGACAUGGGGAAGAUGCUGAAAAGGGAUGUGAUACGCAUGAUGGAGAAGGACAACCUCAAACUGGUAGCUGUCUCCCAAAAUGCAGAUCCCCCGGUGUACAAGAUGCUGACGGGUAAAGAACUUCACGAGGAGCAGCUGAAACUCCGAGAACAGCAGAAGCAGAGCACCAGCCCCGGUCCUGUCCAGAUCAAGGAGAUGUCAUUUCUUGCCAGCAUUUCACAACAUGAUUUAGAUGUGAAAAGGAAACAACUUAUUCAUUGGAUUGAGAAGAAGCACCAUAUACGGAUCACUGUGCUGAACAGCCGCAUUACAAACGGACCAGACAAGCUGGAGGUUCUGCAGCAAUUGAUAGAAAGCAUGGCUGAUUGUGCUACAUGCAUGGUGCAACCAAAGGAAAGAAAAGAUGGAAGAGCCAUGAUUUGUGUCCUGCGACCGUUGUCUGACAAGGAACUGCAGAAACGCCAUAUAGGUGCCCCUGCUUCUACUGAAAAGACUGAUACUAAGGACAACAUAGACCAGGACAAUAAAGACCAUAACUGACCGAUUCCAAACUUCUUAUUAAAGAGACAUAUGAUUUUUGUUAUAUUUGUUUGACAA